CAAAGAUACACCUCAUGCAUCUUCCGAAUUCCAGUGAAACGAGGCUGCAUUCGAAGUGUCCUACUCACUUAACACUAACACACACACACACACACACACACACACACACACACACACACACACACACACACACACACACACUCUUACUUCAAAGCUGGAGUCGACUACUAAACACGCUUCGUAACUUUCAAGUGUAUGGCCAGUUGGAGACUGAGGCCUAUUGCUCUCAUCCGAUGUUUCUCAUGUAGGCUCUACUCUGUUGUUUUGCAAGAUUCAGGUGACAUAAUGAGUAUUAGAGUCUGAACAAGCAUCAGUCCUCAAGGUCAUCCACAGUGAUGCUGCUGACACUUUGACUGAUCUGAGAUCUGUUAGCAUCACUCACCUUGAAGCCAUUCACCAUGAUUGACCUGAGCUACCUGACAGAAGAAGAGCAGGAGAUGAUUUUGGCUGUGCUAAAGAGAGAUGCAGAGCUUACGAAGUUAGAAGAUCAGAGGAUCCGGAAACUUUGUAAGACUGAGAAAGACAGGAGCAGGCUGAAGUAUUUGACUGGAGAAUGGUUUUACGAGACAAACUAUCACAGACACAGAGAGAAGAUUCAUGGCUCCGACAUCAUCAGAGCAUCCAUGAGACAAGGGAAACCCGUGACGAUAUUGGAGCUCUCUCAAAGAUGGGAUGAGAGACCCAUUUUUGUGAAUAGUCAGAAGAAGGAUGUGUUUAUCCCUCCAGAGCUUUCAGGACUUAUUGAGGAACCAUACACACAGUCACAGAAUGAGAGGGUUAAACAUCAGAUGCCAGAAGGCCAACAAGAAAGCCAGAGACCUCAAAUCAAGCCCAGGCUGAAUCCAUUCAAUAUUGUGCACUCGCAGAGAGAGACAGCCAGAAUUAUCAAUAGUGUGAAAGAGGCCAACCAGACACCUGCUGAGGAACCUCUCCCUUCAGCUGAGAGCUACACACCCCUUCACAGUAUCCUAAACACAGACAACACUGACACCCAUAUAGCCACUCAAUGCGCAGACAAACCUGUGCCCAAAAAGAGACUUCUGCUGUUCUCUUGUCAGACCUCCCUCCUGAACUUCACCAGCAGUGACACUACUGUUAAACAGGUCAUGACGCCUAACCCCAGAGGCAUCUUGAAGCACAGCAGCUCCAGUUGUAGCUCCAUUGAAUCUCUGCGACUACACAUACCCAACAACAAUGACAGCAACAGCAGCCAGUCUUUUGCACCAGUCAGUCCCAUCGGCCCUCCUCUUUCCCACUGCUCAAAGCACUCUGCCUCAAGUUGGUUAGACAGAAAACAGGUCUGCUUCUCUUCCAUCAUUCAUGCCAAAGAAAGAGAGCAAGGAGAGAACAGUGUGUUGGAUGAAGACUGCAAUGCUCUGUCUGACCAGGAUAGGGAGCUGGAUAAAAGCGAUAUAGUAAACAAUGAUCGCCAUGAGCUUUAUGCUGAGCCUCAGUCCUCACAAGUGUCCAACUUCCACUGCUCUGCUGCAGUUAAAGGUGACGGCGAGGAAGACAGCCCUGUCAGAACUGCUCUAGUGUGCGCCAAUGCCAGACCCCUUUCUAUUUCAAAGAGUCUAGAGGACCUGGCAUCUCCACCUUCAAAAGAGAGAUGGAGGACUGACCCAAGGAGCGAUGUUGUGCUGAGUUUGGAAGAUGUGUCUGCAGUCACUACCAACACCAAAACAUCCUUCUCAGACCCGGAGCAGGUGAAGAUUUUGAGUAUGUCUGUGCCUGCAUUUAUGCAACAAGAGGUCACUGGCAGUGUAUUGAGUAUCUACAGUAGUGAGUUUGGCAAUGUGGAGGUCAAAGGCACAAUCCAGUUCACCAUUCACUAUUUGCAAAAACUGGGAGAGUUCCACAUCUUCGUAGUGCAGUGCAAAGACCUCGCAGUGGCAGAUCCUAAGAGGAACCGGUCUGACCCGUAUGUUAAAUGUUACUUGUUACCUGAAAAAGCAAAAUACGGAAAGAGAAAAACGUGUGUGAGAAAGAAGACUCAGAAUCCAACUUACAAUGAAAUCCUAAGGUUUAAGAUUCCAAUGGAGUCUUUGAAAACCCAGAAGCUGAACCUCUCUGUGUGGCACAAUGACACUUUUGGCCGUAACAGCUUUCUUGGAGAAGCAGAGAUCGAUCUGGUGGAAUGGGACUUUAAUAACAUGCAGAUGAAUGAAUAUCAGCUGAAAGGAAGGGUUCAAGUUCCUUCCAGCCCUAAACACUCUGCUGGUGGUGAAGAGAUGAGAGCAGAGAUGAGUGUCGGACUAUGUUUUCUUCCACAGACUUCUCACAGUCACAAGAACAAGGCAAAUGGUGAGGUACAAAUCUGGGUGAAAGAGUGCAAGAAUCUACCCAUUUCCAGAGGCGUUUCCAUCGACCCUUUUGUCAAAUGUGCUGUCCUCCCAGAUAAUAGUCGAAAAAGCAGACAGAAGACCAGAGUGUUGAAGAGGGCUUCUAACCCAGUAUUUAAUCACACCAUGGUGUAUGAUGGCUUCAGGCCAGAGGACCUCAAAGAGGUCUGUGUGGAGCUCACUGUGUGGGAUCACGACCGAUUAAACCACUUCAUUGGGGGUGUUAGGCUUGGUCCUGGAACAGGUAAAAGUUACGGUGCUGAUGUGGACUGGAUGGACUCUAACAGUGCUGAGGCAGCUCUGUGGGAAAGAAUGAUGCAAUCUCAGAAUGAAUGGGUGGAAGACAUAUUACCUUUGAGAAUGCUGGUCAUGGCAAGAAUGUCUAGAUAGAAACUGUGAGGCACAGCAAGACCAAAAUGAAUGUUAACUAAAGAACUGGAUCAAUAACUUUUGUUGUGAUUCUGUAAUAUUCAAUACUAAACUAACCGGAUGGGCUUUUGACAUUUUGGAGAACGAGAACAAAGAGAACGCAAAACAUUUUAUGCCUUUUGUUAAGUAUGUUGGUUUCAUGUCUUCCAUAAAACUACAAAAAAUAUGUUAAAUGCUUAAAAUAUUAAUGUAAUAAUUUGAUUAUCAGUGAAUUAUCUUUAAGGAUUAUCCUAAGACACUGUGUAAAAUGCAAACUAUAAUUUUAAUAAAUUUUAAACUGUC